AUGUUGACAUGGAUAUUGGCAGGUCUCACAAUUCUCGUCGCUCUCCUCACUCUCGCAUGCAUCAUCUUCACAGCCGUUUUUGUGCUUGUUGUUCUGAAAGAAUCGAAAAAGAGAAACCCGAAUCCGGCCAGUCAAAUCAAUGCUGUUCAGCGCCCGCUUGUCGAUCAAAAUCAUCUCCUCGAACGCCCCGAAAACAGCCGAAAAGCACUUGUGGGU